CAGCAAGUGUCUUCACCCUUGGAGCACUCGGAACUAAUUCGCUCUAUUACGCGACCAGGUUCGCGGGGUAUCACGUGCCACAGGACAUUCUUACGAUCAGUGCAUCAGCGAAAAUCGUCACCGUCACCGUACUUUGCAUUUCAAUUGCUGCAUUCCAUUCCGGGGCACAUAUAUUUAUUCAUUUUGGAGCAUCUGAAGUGUGCUACUCUAGUGAAUGGAGCAAAACAAAUCCAGCUGGAAGUAUGCUAAGCCUAGUCCAGCCCGCCGUCCAGUGGCCAGUCUCAAACGAUCAUUCAACGAAACACGACACGUCCGAGGUUUUUUUUUGUCCCGUCGAAACGGGCUGUGGUGAUUAUUACGGUGACCAGUUGUCUCGGAAUUUGAAUCGUGCCUAGGUUCGAAAGUUUGGAUGUUUACUUGAAUUCGAUCGAGACAGGUUCAUCGGUACCCAGCAGUGAUCAUGCGGUCAGAAAGAGAUUGACAAACAAGUGAAGUUGUGGAGGGGUUUUGGGAUUGGGAUGAUAGUGUUUGAAUAAAGUUUGAAGAAUCAAGUGAGUGACUAGAGGAGCAAGUAAACCUAGUUAUAGUGAAUACACUGGAAUAAUAAUAGCUAGCACGCUAGUUAGAUUUUUUUUGGGCAAAGGUUCAACGAUAGUUACGACAUUGCACCUGUCUCCUCUCGAUUCAACGAUGGAACCCGAAUGGAAGAUAACUAUGGCUGCUCUUAAACAGACGCUGCUAUCAAUCUCCGUGUCACUAUCCUACUUCUGCAUUGGGCUCGUGCGUGGUUACUCAGCGCCCGCGGUACCCUCGAUGAACACUAUCGAUCCCGGCUUACUGCCGGACAAAAACAUCGCAUCGUGGGUCAGUUCAAUUCCACCGUUCGGGGCCUUUUUUGGCAGUUUAGUAGCGUUCCCGCUGAUGCACAAAAUUGGCCGGAAGUACACCGUCCUCCUAACCUCACCGGUGUGGGCAACCGCCUGGUUCCUGAUAGCUACGGCUGAAAAUUGGAAGAUUAUGCUGCUGGCAAGAAUGCUUUCGGGAUUCGGAGCAGGAUUAACGCUCCCUUCGGCCCAGAUCUACGUGAGCGAGUGUAGCGACCCGAAGAUAAGAGGAGUGAUCGGAUCGCUGCCAUCACUUUCGAUGUCGGCUGGCAUCCUAGUGACUUAUGUGUUGGGAACCUACACCGAAUGGCGGAUACUGGCGUGGAUUUGCUGUGGUGUGGCAUGUUUCCUAUUUAUGGCUGUGAUUUGUUUCCCCCAAUCGCCUGUUUGGCUUAAAACAAAAAAGCGAUACGAAAAAGCCCACAACUCUGCCAAAUGGCUCCACUUGCAAGGAUUUACCUUCGAUCCGAAGGCUCAGGAAAUACAGAAAACUGCUGGAAAUAGAACGACCAUUGACAAGAAGGAGAAACCUUUUUCGAGGAAUCAACUCUGCCGCAGAGAGGUUCUAGCUCCGUUGGGGAUUGGUCUCGCCUUACUAUCAAUUCAACAACUUAGCGGUAUCGAUGCUGUGAUAUUCUUCACGGUGGAUAUUUUCCGUUCAGCUGGAAGCUCAAUGGAUGGUCAUCUAGCGACAAUUAUCGUUGGAGCCGUUCAGGUUCUCAGUAACCUCUCUGCACUGUUCGUGGUAGACCGCUCCGGUCGAAAGCCAUUGUUGAUUACUUCCGGCGUUGUAAUGUCACUCGCAAUGGCUUCGAUGGGAUUAGCUUUCCAUCUGAAUUCGAUUGGAAACACUUGCUUCGGAUACCUCCCGUUAGCAAGCCUCAUAAUCUUCAUGAUUGGAUUCAGCGUUGGAUUCGGCUGUAUUCCAUUCCUGCUGAUGGGCGAACUAUUCCCAACGGCACAACGAAGUCUGCUGAGUUCCCUGGCUGGAUCAUUCAAUCUGGCGGUGAUGUUUGUAGUUAUUAAAACUUAUCAUCCACUGGAAGACGUGAUAACCACUUCCGGGACAUUUUGGAUGUACAGCAUUCUGUGCGCCGUCGGGGUGGUAUUUGUGAUAUUGUGUGUCCCCGAAACGAAGGGACGUGAUCUGGAGAGCAUUCAUACAUUGUUCAGGAAAAAAUCGGUUCCGCUAAAGGCGGAUAACGUGGAAACCGGCAGCAAACAGGGCCAUGACAAUGUUGCCAUGAGUACUGGUGACGAAAUAUUUGCCUGUGCGGAAGCUAGCAAAUUUGAUACUAGAAUAACUCAAAAGAAAUCCUCGCCAUCCGAAAUUAGCAACCCUGAAGCCGAACCCAACAAAGAAUAUAGUGAUAGAAGAAACAUCACAAAUAACUGCGAGAAGACAGCAGAUAGUCUGAAGAUAAUGAUAAUGUGUACCAAUCAAAGUCCAAACUAAGCGGUGACAUCACACUCGCCAGCUAGAGCCUAUUUUGUAUUCAAAUUUAUGCAUGUUUGUACCCUCUUAUCUCGCGCGUUGCUAUUUUCUGAAUUUCAAUUUCCAUUUACAGACAGCAUGCGCACUUUAUCUCCAAAAGCAUUUAAAAUUGAAAUUUUUGUGUGUUUCAUUCAUUAGUUUGGGAGGAAAAUUCAUUGUUUUCCGGCAGGUG